AGUAUUUCUGUAGUAGAAUUUUUUUUUUAAACUUUGAUAUAAAGUUUAAGAAAGGAAAACGUCUUUCUUCUGUAUUCUAGCUGAACUUCUUUCAUUCCAGAGAGUUCUUUCAUGUUUUAUCUAGUUUACUAUCAAAUUCUCUGUACAUUUAUAGCACAAAUUGUUAUAUUAAACCACGCACACCAAGUGUUUGUGAAAAUGGUUGUAAUGGCUGAUGAUCAGCUCCAUAUUUUUUUCUUUCCAUUGAUGGCGCACGGCCACAUAAUUCCUACUUUGGAUAUGGCCAAGUUGUUCGUUUCACAUGGUGCAAAGGCAACUAUUAUCACCACUCCUCUGAACUUACCCAUCUUCGUUCAAUCCAGUGAAAAAAUCAAACAUUUGGGGCUGGAAAUUUAUGUCAAAGCUAUCAGAUUCCCAGCAGUGGAAGCUGGUUUGCCUGAAGGAUGUGAAAGAAUGGAUCAAUUGACUUCUGAUGAUUUGGUACCCAAAUUCUUCAAGGCCACCACCAUGCUUCAACAACAACUAGAGCUAUUACUCCAUGAAUGUCAACCCAACGCUCUCGUUGCUGACAUGUUCUUCCCCUGGGCUACAGAAUCUGCUGCCAAAUUUGAUAUCCCAAGAUUGGUAUUUCAUGGGAUGGGCUUCUUUGCGCUUUGUGCUUUGGAGAACCUUAGGCAUUACAAGCCUCAGAAGAAUGUGUGUUCGGAUACAGAACCUUUCGUUGUCCCGAAUCUUCCCCAUAAGGUAAAGCUCACAAGGAUGAAAUUAGCUCCGUAUGAUCGAGAAGAAACAGAAAUGACUAAGUUUAUUGAACAAGUGAAGGAAUCCGAGUUGACAAGUUUUGGGGUUAUUGUCAAUAGCUUCUAUGAGCUUGAACCAGAUUAUGCUGAUUAUUACAGAAAGGUUUUGGGUAAAAGAGCAUGGCACGUUGGACCCUUUUUGCUCUGCAACAGAAAAAACGAAGAAAAAAUCCACAAAAGCGAUGAUGAACAUCAUGAGUGCUUGCAAUGGCUGGACACGAAGAAACAAAAUUCAGUAAUCUAUGUUUGUUUCGGGAGCAUGUCUAACUUUACUAAUUCCCAAAUUGAAGAAAUUGCAUUAGGCCUUGAAGCUUCAGAGCAAGAAUUCAUAUGGGUAAUUAGGAAAGGGGAGAUUCCAGACGGAUUCGAAGAACGAACAAAAGAAAAAGGAUUAAUCAUAAGAGGAUGGGCACCCCAAACGCUGAUUCUUGAUCACGAGGCUAUAGGAGCCUUUUUAACUCACUGUGGAUGGAAUUCGACACUUGAAGGCGUAUCAGCAGGGGUUCCAAUGGUGACUUGGCCUAUGUUUGCAGAGCAAUUCUUGAAUGAGCAAUUGAUAACUAAAGUACUAAAAAUAGGAGUGGCAGUUGGGGCAGAGGAAUGGAGCAUAGUGGUGGAUAAUGUGAAAAGUGAAGCAAUUACAAAGGCAGUGAAGUGUGUAAUGGUUGGGGAAGAAUCAAUGGAAAUGAGGAGGAGAGCAAAAGAAGUUACGAAAAUGGCGAACAAGGCUGUUGAAGAAGGUGGAUCAUCUUACAGUGAUUUGAAUGCACUGUUUCAAGAACUAAGAACCAUUAAUUUGCACAAGUAAAAUUAUAUAUAUAGUGAUUCAAACGGGUUUUAUGAAUGGUUUAAUUUGCAUAACGGAUUUUAUGAAUGGUUUAAUUUGCAUAGUUAGUUCGUAUUCGAAGAUAUCGAAUGAGCUUUUGGUAUCGAAACCAUGUAAUAUCGAAAAUCUGUUAUAAGUGGUACGAGGACAACUGCGCGGACUAACUUUGAACCACA